AAUCAAAACAACUGGAACAAAAGUUUCAUUAUGAUCUUGGUGUGUACCUAGAAGGCCAUGAGCAACAGAAUCUAUGUAGCCGUGAAGUGUGUAUUGUCUGUGUGUGUUCUGUCUUCUGCAUUUCUUGUUCUGUCAAGUCGAAUGCCAACGGAGUAAGCUUGAAGAAAGCCCCUCAUCGCCCUCACGGUGCUUGGUGCUAUCCAAGCCUUGAUUUGUCAACAUGGGGGCCGUUAUGGGCCUAUUUUCUGCUGCACAGCUGGCCUGCUGCUGUGGAAGCACAGCAUGUUCUCUAUGUGCGGCCUGUCCAGCAUGCCGCAACUCAACAUCUACUCGCAUUAUGUAUGCCGUAAUGCUCUUGCUGGGUACUGUUGUUGGCUGUAUUAUGCUAGCUCCUGGAUUACAAAAUGAAUUAAAGAAGGUACCGUUCUGUAAAGGUGAUACUGUCCAAGUUGGGUUUGACUGCUCAGAAGCAGUGGGUUAUCUUGCUGUGUAUCGCCUCUGCUUUGCCUUCACCAUGUUUUAUGCAUUGAUGUGCCUCAUUAUGAUUGGUGUGAGGUCAUCAAAAGAUCCAAGAGGUGGUAUACAAAAUGGGUUUUGGGGCUUGAAAUACCUUGUUGUCAUUGCCAUUGCUGUCGGAGCAUUCUAUAUUCCCGAGGACAGUCGUUUUGCCACAACAUGGCUGUAUUUUGGAAUGAUUGGUGGUUUCCUUUUCAUCAUCAUUCAACUGAUACUCAUAAUUGACUUUGCUCACUCAUGGGCAGAGAGGUGGGUUGGUCGCUAUGAGGAAACAGAAUCAAAGUGGUGGUAUGUCGCCCUCCUGUCUGCCACCGCGUUCAAUUACAUUUUAGCUCUGACUGGAGUGAUUCUCCUUUAUGUAUUUUAUACCUCGCCUGGUGACUGUGGAUUGCAAAAGUUUUUCAUAUCUUUCAUUCUUAUCCUUGCUGUUGCUGUAAGCAGUGUAUCUAUUAUGCCAAGUGUACAAGAGCGUCAACCCCGAUCUGGGCUUCUUCAAUCGUCUGUGGUAACCCUUUAUGCCACUUAUCUCACUUGGUCUGCCCUAUCUAGUUCAUCGGAUGAUCAGUGUAAUCCAGGACUGCUCGGUAUCAUUGGAACUACAAAGAGCAAAGUUGGCUUUGACCAACAGGCCAUUGUUGGAUUAGUUAUUUGGAUGUGUUGCAUUCUGUACUCUUCUGUUCGCUCUGCCUCGUCAUCAUCAAAGCUGACCAUGUCUGAACAUGUGCUAGUCAAAGAUGGUGGAGUGCACUCCUCAAUGCAAGGUGACGCCUCUCUGAUUGACAAUGAAGAGCGUGGAACCUUGACAGAAGAUAACGGAAGCAGUGGACAGAAAGUUUGGGACAAUGAAGAUGAGGGAGUGGCUUACUCUUGGUCUUUCUUCCAUCUCACCUUUUGCCUUUCUACUCUGUACAUCAUGAUGACUUUGACCAAUUGGUACCAGCCAAACUCCUCACUGGCAACACUCAACGCCAAUGAUGCUUCUAUGUGGGUCAAGGUAAUCUCAAGUUGGAUGUGUAUGGGACUGUACCUAUGGACUCUGAUUGCUCCUGUUGUGCUUUCGAACAGAGAAUUCAAUUAAUGAGCCAGAUAGUUUCCUGUUAUGGUGCUUUAAGACUUGAACAAAUUCUAUUGCUUAAUAUUUGCUUAAAUUUUAAUUUGUGUUCUCAUCUCUAUCUUAUCAUUCUGUUAGCCUCACAGAAAUUAAAAUUACCUACCUAAGCAUCACUGUUCUGUCGUGUUGCUUUUCUUAAUUCUGUCAAUCUAUAUACACUAUGUACUAUUUUAUAACAAAGGUUUUAUAUGUUUGUCAGUUUUCCUGGGAUUGAUGUAAUGUGGUUUCUGUAUUACAAAAAGCUAAUAGUUUGUUGUUUUUUUUGUUGUUUUUUUGGUUCCAAAUGCCUUAGUCUUGUAUUUUUUGUUAUUCUGCCAUGGUCUUUGGUGCUUAAUCCAAUGGAAAAGAAAUGUGUGAUUGAUGUGAUAGAUAAGUGAAUAAGUUUGUAUUCAAUGAUACAUUGUAUUGAAUACAUUAUUAGAAGUAGACUAUUUAUGCCUUGAAUGUUUUGCAUAUGCAAGUAAUGCACCCAUAUACACAUUUCUUUGCAUUUUUGUAAUCACACAUUAGGCAUAUAUGAACAAUACCUGUGAAGUAGCAUAGCCUCUAGUAAGGAAAAUGUAAAGUUGUAAAAGACAUAGGUAUUAAAGCCCAAAAGUUGUUAUAUCCCCGUUUAUACCACUGAACAUGUGUGUAAUUAUUUUCUAACUUCUGGGAUUAAUGGCACUGUGUAACUAAUCUGUGUCUGCAGAGAUGGCUCCCAUUAGUUUAGCCAAAUAGUCAAUGGUAAUAGUGUGCAACAUUUUUUCUAUUUUCAAUCUUUAGAACUUGUAUAUGUAAGGAUGUGAAAUGAUUUCAAUUUACUCAUAGAGAUUAUACUUCUUCCAGCCAACCAUA